AUGCUCCUCCGCAGCAAUGCUAUAGGAAUAUUGCAGCAGCUUCCACGAGCGCGUUGCGUCGCUCUCUUGGAACUUUCAUCAAGCAUGGAUCAAGCGAAGCAGAUUCACGCUCAGAUGAUCACUAACGCUUUAUUACGCGAUACUGGGAACGUAGCCAGGCUAAUCGAGAAAUACUGCAACGAGGAAACGUCGGAAGGAGGCGGCGGCUCUGCUCAACUUAUAUUCCGUCAGGCCACAGGGGAGUUAAAAAACACACUUUUAUGGAACGUCAUGCUUAAAUACGCAUCGCCCGAGGAAUCACUGCGUCUCUUCGCCGGCGGUGAGAUGAUGAGGGCGGCGACGCCCGACCACGAAAGCUACGCCUACGUCCUCAGAUCGUGUGCACGGCUGCGCGCCAUGAGGGAAGGGAAGCAGGUGCACGCUCGAGCGCUAAAAUACGGGCUAGACUUACAAUUGGCGCUGGCGACUACAUGUGUCCUCUUCUAUGCGUUAUGCGGGGACAUGAAGGCCGCACGAAUGCUGUUCGAGAAAAUGCCGGAAAAAAGCUCGGCGAGCUGGAAUUCAAUGCUGACCGGGUACUGCGUCAAUGGAAUGGCAAAGGAAGCGCUAUUAUUGUUUAAAGAGAUGGUUUGUCGUGAAGCGAGGUCUACAGAAAGCGCUCUGCUGCUGCUCUCUGCUUGUUCGCAAGUAGGUGAUCUGGUCCUAGGCGCCACAAUCCAUUCCAGGGUAUUAAAGACCAUUCCAGCUCCCUUGGACUGCCCCUUUAUAGGCACUGGGCUGGUCGAUAUGUACUCCAAAUGUGGAUCACUUGACAACGCUUCGGCAUUGUUUCAUGCUAUGAGGCGGAGGAAUGUGAUCACCUGGAGCACAAUGGCUGCCGCUCUUGCCAUGCAUGGACAGGGGAAAGCAGUGGUGGAACUUAUUAACUUGAUGGAGAACGAAGGGAUAGCACCAAAUGCCAUCACUUUUACAUCCUUGCUAUCAGCUUGCUGUCAUGCUGGGCUAGUAGAAGUGGGCCUACGACUGUUUGAUGAAAUGCAGAGCCGCUUCAAUGUUGUGCCUGCAAUGCAGCACUAUGGCUGCAUUGUUGAUCUACUUGGCCGGGCUGGGAUGGUAGAGGAAGCUCACGAGUUCAUUAAAAACAUGCCUAUGCAGCCUGAUGCUGUUGUCUGGAGAGCUUUGCUUGGUGCUUGCAAGAUCCAUGGUGAAGCAGGGCUCGGUAGCAAGAUUGGGAAGAUCCUUAUCGGACUCAAGCAGCGGACUGAGCCAUUGCCCUGCACCAGCUGCGAAGAUUUCAUAGCACUAUCCAAUUUGUACGCUUUGGCGGAGAGGUGGGAAGAGGUUCACAUGGUUAGAACUGCAAUGAAUAAGAGAGGUAUUCAGAACAAACCAGGACAAAGUUCAGUUCAAAACAUAGACUGGAUUUGA